CGAGUCCCAUAAUCCAGUGAAAACACAAGCCCGGGUUCUGUCAACGUGCUGUUAACCCGUGACCACCUUGGUACAAGAAAUAAAGGUGACCUCCGUGACGGUUAAGAAGUGGGAGUGCUGUGGUUGAGAAUCGCUCUAAGCCGAAAAUGUCUAACCCAAUUAAAGUGUUGGUGACUGGCGCCGCCGGGCAAAUAGCCUAUUCUCUCCUUUACCCCAUCGCAAAGGGAGAUGUCUUCGGCAAAGAUCAGCCCAUCAUCCUUGUCCUCCUUGACAUCGGACCCAUGAUGCCAGUCUUGGAUGGUGUUGUUAUGGAGUUGCAGGACUGUGCCCUCCCACUUCUGAGAGAGGUCAUUCCAACAGACAAGGAGGAGGUCGGGUUCAAGGACCUUGAUGUCGCCAUCUUGGUGGGCUCCAUGCCCAGGAGGGACGGCAUGGAGAGGAAGGACCUGCUGAAGGCCAACGUUGCCAUCUUCAAGGCCCAGGGGUCAGCACUGGACAAGUAUGCCAAGAAAACUGUCAAGGUCCUCGUUGUCGGCAACCCAGCUAACACCAACUGCCUGAUUGCUGCCAAGUCCGCCCCAACCAUCCCCAAGGAGAACUUCUCCUGCCUGACCCGUCUGGACCACAACAGGGCCCGCUCCCAGGUGGCAAUGCGCUGUGGCCUUUCAGCCGACAAUGUGAAGAAUGUGAUCAUCUGGGGCAACCACUCUUCCACCCAGUACCCUGAUGUUCACCACUGCAAGGUCAACAUUAAGGGCAAAGACGAGGCGGCCUUUGACGUGGUGAAGGACGACGCCUGGCUGAAGGGAGACUUCAUCUCUACGGUGCAGCUGCGUGGUGCUGCGGUGAUCAAGGCCAGGAAGCUGUCCAGCGCCAUGUCCGCUGCUAAGGCCAUCUGUGACCACAUGAGGGACAUCUGGACCGGCACUGCUGAUGGUGAGUUUAUCUCUAUGGGUGUCUACUCUUCUGGGAACUCCUACGGUGUCCCUGAUGACCUCAUCUACUCAUUCCCUGUUACUAUCAAGGAUAAGACCUGGAAGAUUGUUGAUGGGCUGACAAUUAACGAGUUCUCCCGCGCCAAGAUGGACGCCACUGCCUCUGAACUGGUAGAGGAGAAGGACACGUCAGUUGAAUUCCUGUCCGCUUGACUAAAACCCCAGAACUUAGACAGCCAGAAACCUCCAGACCCUCGUCUGUGAAGCGCUCCUUGAGAUUUUGUGUGCGUUACAGUAUGUGUGUGUGCGAAAGUACGUGUGUGAGUCAUUGUGAACUAUAUAUACAUUGACAUUUCAUCUGUUACACAAAUGGAACAGGUCCAUAUUGAAAACCUGGGAGGAAUGUUUCUUCAGCUGAGAACGAUGCACUAGAUGUACAAUCACUCCUUAUUGAGUCCAACAAUAAUAAAAAAAAACGACCAUCUUA